GUCACACUGGCUACUACGGAGAAAAGAAGUAAUCAAAUCAUAUUUUUAAAAAUAACCAUUUCUGGCUGAUUAAUGCCAGUGGGCAACCACAAUUCACUAUCUUGAAUCGGCAAUGCAAGGAUGAAGUGCAAACCCCGCAAGGUUUACCCAGUAAAUCAUCUAAUAACCCUACCAACCCCUCACAUCUGGCGCAGACUGUAUGUAUAAACAGAUGCAUAUAUGGGAUGUGCAUGUGUGUGCGUGCUACCACAUACCGUAUUUCCAUAAACCGAGAGUUUGGCAAUAACGAAUAUCUCGCUUUCCCGACCAGAUUAAAGAAUUCGGCUAUAUAUGUAGCUUGCCGAUCGACGGCCCGUAACUUUGGCGUCGAAAGAGAGUGGGAGUGAGAGUGUGUGUUGCUCAGUCUCAGGGCAGUAAGGUGUGGUUCCAAAGCACCACAAAUAAUAUACAAAAAAAAAAAACAUCAACGGGGUGGUGGGAAAGUCUCUUUUCUCUUCCACCUGUGAAGAUUGGCCGGAAGGACUUUGUGGGCUGGCCAACUAGAUAUUGUGUCAUGCAAUCGAUAUCCGUAACAUAUGCUUCUGGUAUCUCAGGUUGAAGCGUUUAUCCGGAAUCGCCCACUGUGCGGUAACUGUGGACCAUGAACACCGCGGGAGCCAGCAGUCAACCGCCGCCCACCAAAAAUGAGUUAUUCCCCGAGGAGUACCUCAUCCAUGUGCAUAUGCCAAACAAGAGCUUCAAGGCUGUUCGGUUCAACGUCAAGGAGACCGUUUUCCAUGUGAUCCGGCGAACCGUCGAGGAUCUGGGCACGGAUGGACGGACACCAAGCAUCCAGCGAUAUGCCUGCCGCAUGCUGAACAUGAUCACCAAGGAGGUGAUCUGGCUGGCCAGGAGCACCUCGAUGCAGAAGGUCCUCACGCACAUCUUGACGCCCGGCUGCUCGAAUGUGGACUGCCCCAACAACCAGGCGGAGUUGAAUGAGGGUCUGCUGGAGCAGGGCCGAAGGAUCACCGACAACAGGGUGUGGCGAGUGGAGCUGAGGGUGCGAUACGUGCCGAACAAUAUCCAGGACCUCUUCGACGAAGACAAGGCCACAUGCUUCUACUACUUCAAUCAGGUGAAGGAAGACUUUAUCCAAGCCAAUGUCACUUCAAUCGACACUGAAGUGGCGGUACAACUGUGCUGUCUGGGCAUUCGACAUUACUUCAAGAACAUAACCGUGAAGGCCCCGGACAAGAAGCAGCACAUUGACUACAUUGAAAAGGAAAUCGGAUUUAAAAGUUUUCUUCCCCAAUCUGUGAUAGCCACAUCAAAGCCAAAGAAUCUUAAGAAAAUGAUCCAAGUCGGUUACAAAAAGGUGUACAAUUACAACGACAUUGAGUACUUGACGCGGUUCUUCGAUCUUUUGAAAAAUAUUUAUUUAACCAACUUUGAGCAGUUCUCGGUAACCUUGAGCUCGGCAUGGAAUAUUUCUGGAAUUCUACACGUCGGUCCUCACAUUGGAAUCUCUUACCAGACUCAUCCUCAGGCCAGCUUGACGAACGUAGCUCAGUUUAAAGAUGUCGUUUCUAUUAAAACCUGCACUUUACCAAAGGAAAAGCUGUCCAAGUCUAGCGAAAAUACCACAGAAUUAGAGCUACAAAACUUUAAUUGCAAUUGCCAGAAGAUUAAAACGCAGAUCAAAAUAUCAGCUUCCAACAAUGUGGAAGAUUUGGUUAUAACAUGCAAUGGUAUUAAUACUGCUGAGAGCAUUGCCGACCUAAUAGACGGUUACUGCAGGCUGUUAUCCAAAGACCUAGAGUUCACGAUUUGGCAGCGAGAGACGGCAGCAUCGAGUGAUGAUAGCGCUAAAGCAUUGCCCAAUGAUACAACGCUGGGGUCUAAUAAAUCUACUUCGAGUCAGGGAAAACCCAUGCUGACGGAUGACUACGCCGAGAUUGGAUUGUUGGAGGGCGAGGGCGAUUACUCAACACCGACUGUUCGGAAUUAUGAGUUGGACAGAUCACAUAUAACCCCGAGUGCUAAGAUUGGUGUCGGGCAGUUUGGGGACGUUUAUGUUGGCACAUAUACUCUCCCGAAAUUGGCCAAGGGAAAGAACUCCAUGGGAAACGGCAAAGAUAGCAAUAGUGACCAAAGAAACGCCGAUGCAAGGCCAGAUGUCAUUCAAGUGGCGAUCAAGACAUGUAAAGCGAAUGAUGAUCCCGAAAAAACCGAAAACUUUCUUGCCGAAGCUUAUAUAAUGCAGAAGUUUGAUCAUCCCCAUAUUAUUCGCUUGAUUGGCAUUUGCAGCGUAAUGCCCAUCUGGAUAGUUAUGGAACUGGCUAAACUUGGUGAACUGCGGGCAUAUUUAAAGACAAACAGCGACAGGUUAAGUCAUGGUACCCUACUGAAGUAUUGUUACCAGUUAUCGACUGCUCUAAGCUACUUGGAAUCCAAAAAAUUUGUACACCGAGAUAUAGCUGCACGUAACGUACUUGUUAGCUCACCAACAUGUGUUAAGCUGGCUGACUUUGGAUUAUCGCGAUGGGUUUCCGAUCAAUCCUACUAUCACUCAACCCCCACUGUUGCCCUCCCCAUUAAAUGGAUGUCCCCCGAGUCUAUCAACUUCAGAAGAUUCACCACAGCCAGUGAUGUAUGGAUGUUUGGUGUCUGUAUUUGGGAAAUACUCAUGCUUGGCGUAAAGCCGUUCCAAGGCGUUAAGAACAGCGAUGUAAUCUUGAAGUUGGAAAACGGUGAGCGCCUGCCGUUGCCUCCCAAUUGCCCGCCCAGACUUUAUUCACUAAUGUCUCAGUGCUGGGCCUAUGAACCCUUAAAAAGACCCAACUUUAAGCGAAUCAAGGAAACUCUGCAUGAAAUUCUUAUUGAAGACAGCAUAAAUUCGUCGGAGACUCUAAAGCGAGAGCAACGAAAAGUGGCAUCCAUGUCAUGGGUGGGCAGUGAUGACAUUGACAUUCCGCCAUCAAAGCCUUCAAGGGCUAUGCACGAUCCUGAUUCUGGCUUGAUGCCUGAAACAACGGCGCUACCUCAGACUUAUAUUAUUGCACAAAAUCCCGCGGUGCUGGCCAAGCUAAUGAUGGAGAACCAAAAACGAGGCAUAAAUCCAGCUGCUUACACCACACCAGCUUCGGUAUUUAAUACUCUAGCCGUAGGAUUAGAUGACAGCAAAUCGAAUGUAUCACUUAAGACUACUAAGCUACCGGCAGCAGAUUUGUUAAAACUUGACCCCAUCGCAGAAUCCGAGAGGCUAAAAUCACAAUAUUCCGCUAACAAUAGAGCUAGUCAAAUGGCUAACCCCUUAAACGCUUUAGCUACCCCCCUUGAAUCAUCCAAUCCCCACCACGCAGGAAUGUUUACAGGUAGUUUGCCCUCAAAGAGUAGCUUCGUCGUUUGUCCACCCCAAAAUGAGGAUCAAAUGCAGGGCGCAAACAUGUCCAACCCGUCUGUGUCAAAGGUUGCCGGCUAUAGCCUGUAUGGCAGCCUGGAGAGGCAUCAACCGGCACCAGCAAAGCCCAUGCACUCGAAGGGUGGCAGCUUGGAGCGCCACCAAUCACUGAUGUCAGCUCAAAAUCUGGUUUUCUACAAUACAAAGCCGCCAAACUGCACCAAUACGGCGGAGCGUUCGAGGAGCAUGGAGCGAAACACUUACUUCCAUGCCUAUCGCCAGCAGAUGAAAACCUCCAUUGAAUGCGAAGCUCUACCCGAGGAAAUCUACGAUUUUGGAGGUGCUGGACUCAGGACCUGUGUGUCCGCCAAGCAGCAGCCGAAAUUUAGUCCAAUGAUUAAUAUGCGGCCAAUGGAAAUUGGUCAACUACAAAACACAGAUUGCAUGGGUAUGCAAAUACAGCCAAAUAUACCAAUUGGCCCUGGAGUUAUAUCUCCACACAACUUUGACGAAAGCCUUAGAAAUCAGCGGGAAUUAGAAAGGCAGUGGAUCGUAUCGGGUCCACCGAGUAUGGCAGUCGGACCAAAUGUUUCCGAAGGAGCUGCUUGCAUGGCCACCUUGCAGGCCGAAGCUAUGGGAAAUCAGGCCAUGCACAAUGUUUUGGGCGAAAAGCUACGACAACAGCAAAAGGAUAGCAACAGCGAUAGCGAAUGGUUGAUUCAAGAAGAAUUGCUGCGGCAGAGAUCCUGCUCAAUACCUCAAGGAUCGAUAAAUGAUCACCAGGCACAAAUGUUUAGGCUUGACUUCAUGUCAGCCGGGCCUUCUAGUUUGCCAGACUGCUCGAAUUCCAGCUCUAGACCCAUGACACCGAAUGCAAAUCUCGUUUCGCUUAAGUCGAACCACUCAUCUGCGGAUCAUUUGUCUGGGCUGACAUCGGGCGAAGAGCAGAUGGCUCCGAAUUCUCGAAGUUUUGGCAGUGCAGUCACAAGUAGACCACUAAAUCGAGCAGAUGAUGAAGUCUAUUGCGCCACCACAUUGGUGGUCAAGUCAAUAAUGGUGCUAUCACAAGGUGUGGAGAAAGCGAACACCGAAGGCUAUCUGGAACUGGUUAAGAAUGUGGGCGUCAAGUUGAGAAACCUGCUCACAUCGGUUGACAAAAUAUCCGUGCUUUUUCCAGCACAGGCCCUUAAGGAAGUUCAAAUGGCACAUCAAGUACUUUCCAAAGACAUGCAUGAACUGGUUUCAGCCAUGCGAUUGGCCCAGCAAUAUAGCGACACAACUCUGGACUGCGAAUAUCGCAGGAGUAUGCUAUCGGCUGCCCAUGUACUGGCAAUGGACGCCAAAAACCUGUUUGAUGUCGUCGACUCAAUUCGGCAACGCUAUCACCACCUGUUCCCGCCACCAGCCGCAAAAGAACCCAGCAGUUCAUCAAGUAUUGAGUCAACAUCGGGCUCUAUUGUCACAGAGCCCAUUAAUGAGCUCGGUGGCUAUCUUAAGUCGAGUACUUCUGGAGAUUUGCUUCAAACCACAGGGAUAUAUGACAAUGAUUUGCAUCAUAACUUUAGCUCGCAGUUGCAAUUGCAAAAUCCAACAUCGGGCAUCGAGUUAGGCGGUGGGGGCAGCCUGCAGAGAGGGAUGAGCAUUGGUUUGGACACCACCAGGUCGACGAAUGAACCCCUUCGGAUUGUUGAGGAGACCCUGGGCAGCCCGGGUGAACAUAUGUACUGUAAUACGUCCGCCCUGCACGGUCAUGCGUAAUUCAGAAAGCGAAGAUACUUUAUGACUAACUACUGUACAUACUUAAAAUAUAUAUAUCAAAAUAUGUAUAUCGACCGAACUAUUCAGCGGAGAAUUCGCUUAUCUAAAUAGGGAAUAUACAUAGCUUUGAACAUACUUACUCACUAAAGUUUGACGAGACUCCAACUCGGCCGGCCGCAUUCUCACAUCGUCAUUUAGUCAAAAUAAUUUAAGAAACAAAGACACGUUUUUGAAUGAAGAUGGCUAGUAAUAAUAUUUAUAGAUAAUCUAUCUGAUCUAAUACCGCUAAAAAUUUAUUUCAUAAUAAUUUUGAGUGUGUUUUAAGACAUUUAUAUUGUGAUUUAUAGUUUACCAUAAUAGGCUUUACUCAAAGCAAAUUAUUUUGGUGCAAGGUUCAAUCACAAAAAAAAUAAAAGGAAUUACUAAACAAAAGG